ACUGCCGAUCACAGUUGCUGCAUGAGCCUGCAUCAGCAGCAGACACCACAGAAAAUUUACAUUUGUUUGCUGUUAGUUUAACGGCUGUUUCGCUGUCUGGACCGAAGGCUGAUUUGUAUACCCAAGAGACCAUAGCAUAAUGGGUAAUCGGUGCGUGGAAAGUUGUCUCCUGCUGUGGGCGGCACUAACAGGGAUAGCGGCAUGCCGUAGUGACAACGUAACCGUUACAAAUCACACUACUGUUCCUGCAGCGUGCCCACCGCUGAAUUGCUCACUGCCCGCCGCGGAGCACAUCUUGGCGCUUAUCGACGAGAUGAAGAAGCUCAAUUGGUUUUUAAAGCAAGCACUGGAUAUUGACUCGAAUGACUCCACCAAAGAAUUUACUAACGAAACACCUCAAACGUCCGGUCUUCGCUCGUUCCCCUUUUCCAAGUCCACCAUCGUUACGCCCGCCGCCGUUGCUCAUGCUCACGAGCCGCACGACAGCGGCGUGACUCGUCCACGCUCGGGAAUCGUCACGCGGGCGGUUCUCCAUGGCCUGGAUAACUUUGUCUACAACCACACCAUCCUCUUUAUCGUCCUGCUGGUCAUCGGAAUGGUGCUGCUGCUAUUAGUGCUCUUCUUUACUCUGGCCGCCCUCAUCGACGCCAUGCUGGAACGGGAUCUGCGGGGACGCCUGCAGCUGGCCGGUCGGAUUAUCAUCGUGUUCCUGGCGGGCGGCGUGGUGGCUGACGUCUUUCUUCACCGUUGUUCAUGAAGCAGUUGAUGUGGCGCUUUCAGUGCGCGUUAUUAAAUUACGCGUUAUUAAUUAGGUGUUCAUACAAUAAAAAAUUUAAAUUGUAAUGUAGCAACACUUAUGUCAUAAAUUUGUAGCAACGUAAUAAAAAAAUAAUAGUUACGCAAGGCUUAAAAUUUGACUGAUUAAAGGUUAAACCUGUGUUUCAAGGUUUUUGGCUCACUGAAAGUUCACGCAAAUGUACGGUGAAAAAAACUUUGCUUGCGCAUAUUUGACCCACCCUAUUAAGUCAGCACGCUUCUGUCUUCUCUGUUAUAGUCUGUGUUCGUGAUACCCUCAGAAGCGAUUUUUCACUGAAUUUUCGAGCCGCGAACCGGCUGGCCAAUUUGCACUGUUUUACAUCUAUGUUGUAUACACGUAUUUGUGUAAUAAAAUUGUU